AUGGUGGCUGCUCAAAGGUGUGCUAUGGCAUACUUGCACCAAAGACAAUCCAGUUCCGCAGAGAGGAUUGUUAUACACUUUAACUUUUUUUCUUAUUUUUUUAUCCAUUCCGCUGGGGUUCGUUUUCUUCUCCCUUCGUUUGCUCUCGUCACAUUUACGCACGCCGCCGGCCUUUUGACCCGAUGCGCGCCGCCGGCCUCCUCUCACCGCCCGAUCCGGGUGGUGCGCGUCGGCAGCCUCCUCUCCAAGACGUGCGCCGCCGAUCACCUCUCCUCGCCCGAUCCUGGUCGUGCGCGCAGCCGACCUCUUCUCCCCAUCGAUCUGGGUGGAGUACCCAAGCUGCAGCGCUCCGAGCUGGAAGGUGCUUGUGAGGACUUCAGUAAUAUUGUUGCAAGCUAUCCGCACUACACUGUACAUAUAAGGGAACCUUAUCGAGUGGUGUCGAGAUAUGUAUCAACUAUGAUUACGUCUAGCAAAGAUUGGUCAAAGCAUUCAGAAGGGCGAUUCAGGAAAAAGACUCGCUCUCACGAAUUAAUCAUAAGAACUUCAUACUGUGAGGAGGAAGAGCCUUUCAUGAGGAUGAUGGUGUUGGAAUAUGCGCCCAAUGGAACACUAUACGAACAUCUCCAUGAUAGCAGACAUGAGUGUUUGGUAAGAAGUAUACUCCAGAGGAAAUAUGCCCCAGAAUGAUGACUUUGUUGAUCACCAUGAGCCAGUAGCUGCUGAUCCAGCUGGGAAUGUAUGCAGUUUUGGUCUGCUCAUGCUGCAAAUCAUCCCAGGAAAGCCUCCAUAUUCCGAACACAAGGGCUCCCUUGCAAACUUGGCUUUGGAGUGCAUUAGGGAAGACCGGAUCAUGUCUUGUUUACUUGAUCCUACCUUGAAUGCUCACAAAGAAAAGGAGCUAGAAAUCAUUUGCGAGUUGAUCCAGGAUUGCAUGUCCAAGCAUGAGAGAAGUCGCCACUAGAUUGAGAGAAAUAAUAGCGAUUACACCGGAGGCGGCAACGCCGAGGUUAUCUCCACUUCGGUGGGCAGAGCUUGAGAUCCUUUGAGUUGAAGCAAGCUAGGGAAAAUGUUCAUAUGAUAUCGUUCUUACAAGCAACACUGAGGCUCUGUGCAUACUGUCAUGCAACCCUGUACAUCUCUGUUGUGCAUUAAUUUCAUCUUUUGUUGUAAUUUCGGUGUCGGCGUGUGUUACAUUCUUCCCCUUCCCCUUAAAUUCAAUCGCCGGGUUAUUUUUCUCGUUUCUUCUCCACUUUCCUA